AUGGCGGACCCCCUCUCAGUAUCGGCUAGUAUCGCGGGUAUCAUCAGCCUAGCGGACAUUGUGUUCCGAUAUGUAUUUCGCUAUGCACGCGCAGCUGCUGGAGCAAAGGAUGAGAUCCAAGCCCUUUCAGCCGAGAUUCACGACCUCGGCGGAGUUCUCCGCAAUCUAGACGCCCUUUGCCGCACACUCGAGGCUGAACCUAACCAAGGCUUCGACCCCAGCCUUCGACUUCACUGCCUUUUCCAGAUUCAAGGCACAUUCGACAAAAUCGAAAAGAAGCUUAAAAGACCCACGGAAGCUUUCAAUAAGCGUGCUAAGCCAACCGAACUUCGGGAGAAACUCAAAUGGCCAUUCACCAGCUCUGACACUAAAGACUUGCUCGCUAAGCUCUCUCGCUACAAAGAAACAUUGACUCUCGCGGCCUCUAUGGACACUAUCAACGAGUUUCAAUUGCUUUUGACUAAGCAGAUCGAACAAGGACAGAAAAUAGACAUGUUGGGCGGUAAAUUAGACGCCAUCAAAGCAUGCACCGAAAUUCCUACCAAAAUCAUGUUAGACGAUCGAAAGAGAAACGUCUUGGAUUUCUUCCUCAAACCAGAAACAAACCCCCAAAUCAACCUUGACCAGAGCAUCAAACUUCGACAUCGCACAACUGGUCGAUGGCUUUCCAAUGACGAGACCUAUCGAGAUUGGCUUGAUCACCCUGGGUCCAGGCUGUGGCUCAAUGGACUUGCUGGUGGAGGCAAAACAGUUCUGGCUGGAGUUGUGAUACAAGAUGCUCUAUCAGCCAGUUCAGCUGACGUUGGGGUUGCCUUCUUUUUCUGUGACUAUAAAAAGGAGGCCACCCUCACACCAGUUAACGUUCUUGGGGGGCUUGCUUCACAACUUGCCCGCCAGAAGGAUGAGUUCUUCGACCUAUUACAGGAAUACUAUGAAGAACUCCACCCAGUUCGCGGACUGGAUAAACAGGCUGAUGCAGAUGAACUAAGGGCGCGUCUUUGUUCAAUGGCCGAAGGGCUGAAGAAUCUUAUCAUUGUUGUCGACGGCAUUGACGAGUGCGGUGAUCGUACAUCCGACGUGCUCGAGAAUUUGGUAGAACUGGCGGAUACAGCCGAGAAUGUGACCAUCGCAUUGUUCAGCCGAGAUGAAGUUGAUAUCCAAGAUCAUCUUCAGAGCUUUGACAGAAUCCCUAUUGCGGCCCACACUGAGGAUUUGCGGGACUAUGUGAGGGCCGAGUUGGAACAGCGUACUCAUUCUGGUCGCUUGUCUUUGAACAACAUGGAUUUAAAAAACGAAAUCGGAGAAGAGCUCGUGGGAAGAGCUAAUGGAAUGUUUCGUUGGGUGGUAUGUCAACUUGAUUACCUCUGUGAGUUUUCAACAGAUGAUGACAGACGAGAAGCUUUGAAGGAGCUGCCCCCAACCCUUCACGAAUCUUACACCAGGUUACUGGUCAGAAUACAUGGAAGGCCACUGAAAGUCUGUAAGAUGGUCCAGAUGUGCCUCCAUUUUAUCGCCUUUUUCCCAUGGAGCUUGUCCAUCCAAGAGCUCUGUCAGGCAGUUUCCGUACCGGAAGGCGUUAGUGUUUCUCUUAGUGGAUCACGCAUGAUUAGCAAAAGAGACAUAUUACGGGAGUGUAGCAGCCUCAUUCGAAUUUCUGCUAAUGGCGAAAGUUUCGAGUUUGCACACUUCACGGUCCAAGAGUUCCUUCAAGACAGCAGCCUGUUGAGAACUCCAGACCUUGAGGGCUUCCAUAUGAGCAAAGCCAAAAGCAACUCAAUCUUGGCUACUCAAUGUGUGAGGUUCUUGCAGUUAAGGAACUUUGAUAGGCAACCUUCAAAAGCACAAGAAUGGUUGAACUACAAAUUUGAGAGAACCUCUUCCUACCCGUUUUAUGACAAAGCCGCUAUUGCUUGGCCUAUUCUUUCUCGGGAACAGUUAGAAAGCGAAGAGUUACUCGACGCAGUGAAAUCGUUGUUUCAUCCCUUCAGAACCUCAUUUUUCCUCCCCUGGGCUGAAGACUUAUUUGACUAUAUUAUGGGGGGAAUGCAGGCGGAGGUUACCAGCUGGCAGAAAUCACAGACAAGAUUUGACAGUGCCCUACAAGACAGACACUCUCCAGCCUGGGUCAUAGAAGGUGGCAUCAAACCUCUGCAUCUUUCAGCGAUUUUGAAUAUCCCUGAGAUAACAGCAUUUCUUCUUUCAAAGGAGGAUAAAACUGUCCUGCAUGCGAAGUCGCGACUUGGUACACCAUUAUAUCUGGCAGAAGCAUCCAUCUUAGGCAUUCCCAUCCGACCCUACGACGAUAAUGGUUCAAUCAAACUCAAUUCUGACCUCUGUGCCGUUAGCCGUCGGCGUGUGGAGACGAUAUCAUAUCUUACUAAGGCCGGUGCAGAUCUUGCUAUGCUACUUGACAACCCAAAUGUUUUCUUUAGCGCAAGCAUUAUCGAUUUUGGUUUAAGGUCGUUUGACUCAAGUCUUCAAUUAUUAAAAGCGGGCUUUGUGCCAUCUGAUCAUGAUAUUCGAAGAUUUGCCCACUCCUUGUCUUUAACAAAUUCAAGACCAGAGGAUCAUGAGUUAGAAUCAUCUUUUCUUGAGAUUCUAAAUUAUCUUAAGGAUUCGGACGCCUACAGCUCCACAUGGGGAUUUGAGCUUGGAAAAUGCCUCUGGUCCGCCUGCGUGGAGUUGAAUUUCUCUUUCACGAAACAUCCAGAACUUACAGACACAAGAAUUUCGUUAUCAAAAGAGACUUUAAUGGACAAAAUACGUACCGCCAUCAAGAUAGAUGAUGUGGAACAGCUUCGAGUUUGUCUACAAGACCCACGUGUUAGCAUCACCGACAACGGUGAUGGUGGUACUUUGUUGCACGAUGCCGUUUGGGCGUGUGCACUGCAUUGCACGCGGCUUCUUCUUAGCCUAAAAAGUGACCCAUCCGCUAAAAACGAGAAAGGUCGAUCACCUGUGCAUUGGUGCCAUCACUUGACUGAUGUUGAAAUACUGAAACUUCUUGUGGAAUACAACACAGAGGUCUUUUUGCAAGAUAGCUUCGGCCGAAAUCUUUGGCAUUAUUAUGCUAUAGAUAGAGACUUUCACGUUUCAAUUCUUGAUAUUUUGUUCAAGAUAGACAUGGAAAGAGGGCAUAAUUCUCUCUUGGCGGAAGACACCUAUGGAUUCACCCCAUUAGAACUCUGCCUCGGUGAGGACUUGAAGGACGAAGAAAUCUUUUUGUUCAUUGACUAUUGUGAUCGUAUGCCGAAUUUUUGGCAAGCUCACAGAUGCGUUUUCCCUAUUGCAGCAAGACGAGGGCGUAAACAUGUCCUCAAGAAGCUUAUGGACCUGAAUGUCAUCCCGAAAACAAUUGGCCCAAGCGAGAUGAGCCCGCUACAUGAGCUAGGGCUAAUGUCAGAUUUGAAAACUGUGACGAUAUUGAAAAACCUUUAUCCUGCAGCAUGUCAACUCAGAGUUGGAGAUCAUACCCCGUUAGAAUAUUAUCUCAACAACAUCUUAUGCGGACCCGCAUGCGCACCUUCAGGCGAAGUGUUCAUGCCAGACAAAGACGUGAUUCAUGAUCUAUAUUGCGAACAACUCUCAGGAUCCGAUCAAAUCGGUAGGACAGGAUUAUGGAGAUACACAUGCAAGCUUUUGACACAAUUUAUGAAAGCCUGUGCUUUCUGUGCGCAUCAUUGCAGUGGGGUUCACGAUCAUGUAAUUGGCAAAUCGAUUAUCGAAGUAAUGAUUGAUCUUGGAGCUAUGAAGGAUUAUGAAUCUCAGACCUCCUUGUCAGGUGUCAAGCUACUAUUCGAGGAUGUUCUCAUGGCCCUAAAGGAUAGGUCAAACGUCCGUUUGAAUACCCAACAGUUCAUAAACAUAAGCACAGUCGAAAAGGUUAUUAGUUCUUCGCAGUACUGGGAGCCCAACAGCCCUUGGGCAAUCGAGUUGUUGCGAGAGGUGAUCAUGUGCAAAGACGUCGCCACCGUCAGAUACCUCUUAGACAGCGGGCUAGAUCCCCAUCAGCGUCUGGGAACUGAGACAACAAUCGAGUACGCCUGUUUAGGAUCGAAUCUAGAAUGGCUGUGUGAUAGUGAAGAUGGAAAGGAAGUAUUUCAGUGUCUUCUAGAUCACUCUAACCCAGAAAGGUUGAAGGACUGGGACUACAAAGGACUGAGUCUCCUUCAUCGAGUUGAAACGCAAUCAUAUGAACCAGGACUUCACUGGGUAAUCGAUAAACUUGUUGAAAUGGGAUUGGAUACCAAUGCGUUCAACUCCUCGCCAGAAAUUGCAACAACUGAAAGACUGCCGCCAUUAGUAUAUCAUCUAAAUCAGGGAUCCCUCUUCUGUGCCUCGGUCUUAUUAGAGCUGGGCGCUGAUCCUAAUAUGGCCCCGCCCAAUGGGAUGGGCACCAUUAUGAUGGCUACAUAUUGGGGUUAUACCUCUAUUUUAGAUGCAACUUUGGCUUCUUCCAAGAAAUCUGGCCUCAAAGUUCGCUGGGAAGCACCCAUGAUCAUUGAGAAGUACUCACCAAGUGCGGGGAAAUACCAGGACGAGAAAGACUGCACCGCAAUCCAUUUGGCUUGUUCUAUGGGCCAUCUGGACUGUGUCAAGUUUUUCAACGAACAAAGCCUUCUAAGUAUAGAGAGCUUGAGUUGUUCCCAGAGAACGCCCCUUCAUUUUUGCGCAGAACAGGGCUACCCAGAUAUUGCCAAGUACUUAGUAGAAUCUGGUGCUAAGAUAGAUAGCAAGGAUGCGAAUGGUGACACUCCCUUGCAUUUGGCUGCUUGCCAGGGGCGGAUUCAAACUGUCAAGUUGCUGGUUGAACUUGGCGCAACAGAUGGGAUUAACAAGAGCUUCAAGAACCCUGCACUGCUUGCUUCGGAAUUUGGCCACCAAGAAAUCGCACAAUUUCUUGAGCAGGAAUUUGGCAAGAUGUCGCACCGCGAUCCUUACCUAAUAUCUGAUGUGUCUCAGAUACAAAAAAAGGAGCUGCUAAGCAAAUUGUAUCCAGCGAUCGAAGACGGCAACAUCGAGACGUGCCGACUUCUCCUCACAAAAAAAUGCCCGCUAAAUAUCCAUCUAUCACCUUAUAAUUACACCCCAAUGCAAUAUGCCAUCUCCAAGAAUCAGCCAGAAAUUGCCAAGAUGUUACUCGAUCAUGGAGCAAGCCCAUUAGGCAAUGUCUGGACAAACACACAUAGGGGUGUACAAUAUGCCUGUCACUUUCUGGAAACAGGAUCUCUACCCGAACAGAAAACGUUCAUUUCAUUGCUUCCAAACAUACUAUCUCGAAUAUUAGAGGAAGGCGGGAAUUUUCUGCAACCCACUCGUUCACAAGAACUACCAAUUUGCGACGCAUUCAGAGCCAGAAAUAUCCAGGCCGUCAGAACCAUUCUGUUUUUUUUAAGAGAAAACUCCGAGCAAAUCAGUCGACGAAGCCACUUAGAGCCUCAAGAAGUCGUCCCUUCAAUACUAAAUACGCUAUGCGAUUACGACCUGGGCAGGCCGGUACUGGUAACCCCUUUGCAUUUGGCUACAUAUUAUGACCUAGUCGAGUUAAUGCAACUUCUUCUGGAAAAUGGGGCGAAUCCUGACGCAUUGGAUUCUCAUGGCUAUAGUCCAUUAGAGGUGGUGCACUCAAGCCCGGCCGCACAGCUUUUGAUUGAAUGGGGUGCCUCUGUUCCACCCUCCAUGGUCAUUGCAAACAUGCAAGUGAUCUCAGAGAAGAUAGGAUUCAUCAUGAAUCCAAGAAAUAUUGCGAGCACAUCUCAAAAUGCGUUCAGAAUUGCCUUCAAGCAUGUACUUGGGCGGUCUCUAUCAUACCAGUCGUACCAUUGGGAGAGAAUCCAUGUCAAAGGCCGGGGGUUUGUGCAAAAUCUAGAACUUCUGGAUAUAUCAUUACACGAUAAAAGGAUUGGAGACACAAGUCUUAUCAAUGCUCUACUGCAAGUUUAUCACGGGCAAGAGUAUUUUCUCAACUCUCCUCGCCUUCUCGAUCAACUUGAACCAUUCAACUGGCAGUUGUUGAAAACUCGCCGUGUACCAGUCUUUCUUGAGAAGUUAUUUCGCCACUAUAGCCGACGGCUUUCGCGGGACGGCUUCCAAAGAUGGGCAAAUCUACAGCCCAAAAAGGGUUGGAGCCCACUGUGUAGAGCUGCUAUAUUUGGAGAUGUUGUUUGUGUCAAAAACUGUCUUUCACUUGGGGCGGAAGUUGAUUUUGAAGGAUGCCCGCUUGGCUCUGCUCUAAUGGCUGCAAGCACUUGUGGCCAGCUUGAAACCGUGAAGGUCCUUGUGAAGCAUGGCAGCGCAAUAUCCUACACGGGGAAAGAGGGCACAAUGAGCGCCCUUUCAGCAGCUCGAUCUAAGGCCGUACGCCGGUUCCUCCUGGUUGGCCAAUUUCAAGGACCCAAAGCAAUUGGAGACGUAGAUCCCAGAAGCAAUAGCUCUGAUGACAAAAAUCUCAAGUUUUGGAGUGGGAUAGCCCAAGCUCGCUUGAGAUUGGACACGAUUGAUCAAGACCCAGAGAUGUCUAGUUUGGAUUAUGCGACUUUUCUUGCCAGGAUUAAGUUGGACAUGAGAGGUCGGGUUGCGAGCAUCAUUGACGGGGUUCAGUACUGCGGGAGCGAUGGUUCUAUAGCCAUGAUCAAGAACGCAGGGCCAAAGAUGUAUUGGGAGUAA